UCUCUCGCGAGAACAUCUCCGGUGUUGGGGGAGGGGGCAGGAAAAUGGCUGCUCCCAGCGUUAAGGGAGCGAGACCCGGGCCUGAAGCGGCGGCGACGCCGGCGGCUGCCGAGCCGAGCGGGAUGAUGGUGCUGCCAGGGUUCAAGGACGCGGAUAGCUUCGUAAAGUUUGCUCUUGGAUCUGUGCUGGCUGCUACUAAAGCUUCCAAUGGGCUGCCACAGGCUGGAGAUGAGUAUGAUUUUUACCGAAGUUUUCCUGGCUUCCGGGCAUUUUGUGAAACACAAGGAGACAGGUUACUUCAGUGUAUGAGCAAGGUCAUGCAGUAUCACGGCUGCCGUAGCCACAUUAAGGACCGAAGUAAAGUGACUGAAUUGGAGGACAAGUUUGAUUUGCUGGUUGAUUCCAAUGAUGUUAUUCUUGAAAGAGUUGGUAUUCUCUUAGAUGAAGCAUCAGGAUUAAACAAGAAUCAACAGCCUAUCCUCCCCGCUGGAAUGCAGGUCCCUCAAACAAUUGUGUCUAGCUGGAAUCGUAAGGCAGGAGAAUAUAACAAGAAAAAACAGUCUGAAACCUUCCGAUUGCUUCAUGCCAAGAACAUCAUUCGACCUCAGCUCAAGUUUCGAGAAAAGGUGGAUAAUUCCAACACGCCGUUUGUCCCCAAAAUCUUCAUCAAGCCAAAUGCUCAGAAACCCUUGGCACAGGCACUCACCAAAGAAAGGCGGGAGCGCCAGGAACGCCCUGAGGACUUGGACGUGCCGCCUGCACUGGCAGAUUUUCUCUAUCAACAGAGAACUCAGCAGAUUGAGCAGGAUAUGUUUGCUCAUCCCUAUCAGUAUGAACUCGAUCACUUUGCCAUACCAGAUGAAGUCCUUCAGAAGCCACAGAUUCAGAUGUACAAACCUGUAGGAGAAACACCCUGCCAUUUUGUAACCACCCUCGACGCACUCGUGGAACUCAAUGAAAAACUCCUGAAUUGUAAAGACUUUGGUGUAGAUUUGGAGCACCACUCUUACAGGAGCUUCCUAGGUUUGACAUGCCUCAUGCAGAUUUCAACCCGAACAGAAGAUUUCAUUAUUGAUACCCUGGAACUUCGAAGUGACCUAUAUAUUCUCAAUGAGAGCUUCACAGAUCCAUCCAUCGUUAAGGUCUUCCAUGGUGCUGAUAUGGACAUCGAAUGGCUGCAGAAAGACUUUGGGCUGUAUGUGGUGAACAUGUUUGAUACCCACCAAGCAGCUCGCAUCCUUAACCUUGGCAGACACUCACUGGAUCACUUAUUGAAACUCUAUUGCAAUGUGGAAUCAAAUAAGCAAUAUCAAUUGGCUGACUGGAGGAUAAGACCUUUACCCGAGGAAAUGUUUAACUACGCACGCCAUGAUACUCACUACCUCCUCUACAUUUACGAUAAGAUGCGCUCAGAUCUGUGGGACCGAGCAAAUGGGCAGCCAGCUCAGUUGCAGGUGGUGUGGCAGCGGAGCAAGGACAUUUGCCUCAAGAGGUUCAUCAAACCGAUAUUCAUGGAAGAUUCUUACCUGGAGCUGUAUAGAAAGCAGAAGAAGCACCUCAACACCCAGCAGCUCACAGCCUUUCAGUUGCUUUACUCUUGGAGGGACAGAACAGCCCGGAGGGAGGAUGAGAGUUAUGGCUACGUCCUACCCAAUCACAUGAUGCUGAAGAUAGCUGAAGAGCUGCCCAAGGAACCUCAGGGCAUUAUUGCUUGCUGCAACCCCGUGCCUCCUCUCGUGCGGCAGCAAAUAAACGAAAUGCACCUUCUCAUCCAGCAGGCCCGAGAGAUGCCUCUGCUCAAGUCUGAAGUUGCAUCUGGAGUGAAGAAGAACAGACCCCAGUCUGCACCUGAGAGAAUAGAAAAUGCCUUAUUUGGUCCUCAUGAUUAUUCCCGGGCUCCUCCAGAUGAUUAUCUAAAUGUCACAGCAACAGGACCUGCACCACUUCAGAAGAGGGCAACCCUCUUCUCUGACAAAAAUGAAAAUGAGACCAUGUCAGAUGUUGGCUGCCUUAUUGCUACUGCUGUCAUCACAUUAUUCAGUGAGCCUAGUGCUGGUGAAGAGAAUGAAGGGAGGCUGACUGCUGCCCAGAAGAAGGCCCAGAGCAUCAUGGAGUCCUUUGAAAAUCCAUUCAGGAUGUAUCUGCCCUCAGAAGAGAACCACGCUUAUGUCUCACAAUCAGCAAAGUUUGACCCAAUGUCGAAAAUCUAUGAAAUCAGCAAUCGUUGGAAGCUGGCAAGCCAGGUACAGAUUAAAAAAGAAGCCCAGGAAGCACUAAGAAAAAAAGCUGAGCAGACAGCUGCCCGGGAACAGGCCAAGGAAGAAUAUAAAGCAGCCACCCAGCAGGUCAUCUCAGUCCGGCAGCAAGCUGUGCUAGAAAAUGCUACUAAGAAGAGGGAGAGAAUGGGGAGCGAGCCAGAGACCCCAGAGCCAAAACAAGAGAAGAAAAGGCUCAAAGCAUCCCAGCCUCCCCAAGAGCAGGAGCCGCCUAAGGAGUUCACCCCCUACGACUACAGCAAGUCGGACUUCAAAGCCUUUUCUGGAAACAGCAAAGCCAAGCAGUCGGCUCAGUUUGAUCCAAAUAAGCAGGACCCGCCUGGCAAGAAAUGUGCUACAGUGGGCAAACCGAAGCAGCCAGCAGGGAACAGGAGCAAGUCUUUCGUGACUGGAAAAUCAGAGAGGUGCGUUGGUGUGGGGGCCUGGAACAAGGACCCCCUGGGUGAAAAGGGAUGCCCAGGAAAAGGCCAAGCUCCCCCGAGAGUGUGGGGGCCUCUGAAACAGGAGUAUUAGCGGAACUCACCGAGCCUCUGCCGAUGGCUCCCUGUCCGGUGUCCAGCCCAGGACCCAGCACACAGCGGGUGCCUCCUGAUGCUUCCGGGCUCGGAUCCAGAAAGGUGAAGGAGCUGCCCAGGGGGCGCCUCAUUGGCUCUGGCUCCUGGUCACCGGGCCCUGGUUGCUCUGGGGCGCCUCUUGGAGCUUUGAGAGGCUGCAGGCUGUGGUUGGCAGAGGAGGGGGUUUUCUGUAGCAUGGUAUGCCUGUGUAUUUGUAUGGGGGCGGGGAGGGGGGGUGAUGACAGCCCAGGACUCUGGUGCUGAGAAAGGAAAUGCUGAAGGCCCUCGGUGCCUGAGGGGAAAGAAAUGACCAGUAGGGUUUAGUCCCCGGAGGACGGUUUAGUUUUCUAGCAGCCUCUCGGCCUUGGGGGUGCCUUGGCCCAGCUGAGCCCGUCCCUUAUGUGGCACCUCAACACCAGAAGGGUCAGUAAGUGCCUCCUGGGGGCAUUUCCUCCUCUCUGUCUCUGAUAGGGUUGGGGCUUCCUGACGUUGGGGUGCAGCCUCUUCAUGGGCACAAAGCCCCAAAGAGAAAAAGUAAACUUUUCUGUUUCCACAUGUUCUCUGCAGAGGUUUCAGGUACAGCUGGCCUAAGAGAUAGUGUCUGUGGCCCAGAGGAGAGGAGAGGAGCGCCUGGGAGAGGACCAGGGGAGAGCUGCAAGCAGGUCCCGGAGGGCUCUGUUCUGUGUGGGCCUCUUGUUGAAACAUUAAACAAAGAAUUCUUACUGGAAGGAAGCCAGGUCUUCUCCUUUCAUUGUCAGCAGAGACUCUUGGAAGCUAUCUGUCACGGACGUAGUGGCGAUGGCCAGACCCGCAGCACCCAGCACGCUUUGCUGCCUGGGAGGAGGGUGGGGGCCCUCACCGAGCCACUGCCGGGCCAUUGAGGCGGUCGGGGCGCCUGCCACGGGAAGCCCCUCCUCUCUUCUCAGGCUUCCUCACCCCGGGGUUCUCAGGCAAAUAAGGCCAACGAGUGACCCGCACCGCUGCCAGCGAUAGCAUAGGGGCUCGGGAGAUGCCUGUGGCGGCCCCCUCCCGCCCCGAGCCUGCCUUGGCACAGGGCCCUCCUCACCCUGAUCCAGGAGACCCGGCGUGGGGGCCUAUUUCCCAGCCUGACGCUCAGGAUACAUUGUUACUCCGAAGCUGAACAGUGCUGCGGCUUCCCAGCAGCCUUUAGUGGAGAGGGAGGGAGGCCCUGCCGGUGGUCCCACAGCUGGCUCGGGCUGCUUCUGCCGACUCAGCAGCCCUCACCUUGCAGAAGCUUCCUGAAUGGUUGGAUUCCCUGGGCACAAUCUGCCCACUCUUCUGUCAGACCUGAAUCAUGUACGGCAUGCUUUUGUACCCGUUUUUCUAAGUAAAGAUGGACGGGCGAUGAGCCCGGGCCCUGCUCUCACCCAACCCCUGGUUUUCCUGGCUCCCACAGACCCUGAACCUGUUGUAACUGACUGUCUGAAGUGCUGGGCUAGCACUGGCUACUCAGCUGGCCCACGGUGCUUGGACUAGUAGCUGGAACCACAUUGGUGCCAUCAUUUAAUAAAACGCUUUUUAAAGUAAA